GUCCGCUGUCUUGUCACAUGUGUUUGUGUACCUUCUGAUUGCUGUUUUGACUGUUAGAUCGCUAUUUUAAUCUGAGAAAUCAGCGGGGAAUAGGUCAUGUCUGAAGACGUGAGUGUUAUAGUGGUGGGUUCCUGUAUGACCGACUUGGUUAGCCAGGCACCUCGACUUCCCAAAGCUGGAGAGACGAUACAUGGACACAAGUUCUUUAUCGGAUUUGGUGGCAAAGGAGCCAAUCAGUGUGUUCAAGCUGCACGAAUGGGGGUCAAGACUGCCAUGGUGUGCAAGGUCGGCAAAGACUUUUUUGGGGACAACUACAUUCAGAACUUCAAAAAUAAUGGCGUAUCCACUGAUUUUGUAGAACAGACUGAAAAAGCUGCAACCGGAGCUGCCUCUAUCAUCGUCAAUAACACAGGUGAGAAUGCAAUAGUGAUAGUGGCUGGUGCUAAUAUGCUGCUUGGAGAAGAGGAGCUGCGGCGGGCACAAUCCGCCAUUACUAGAGCCAAAGUACUCAUUUGCCAACUUGAAAUCAAGCCAGAUGCAUCACUACAGGCCUUGAGAAUUGCUAAAGAGCACCACGUGAAAACCAUUUUCAAUCCAGCCCCUGCUGUCACAGACCUGCAAUCUGAUUUCUACAAAGCAUCUGAUGUUUUCUGCUGUAAUGAGUCUGAGGCAGAGCUGCUGACCGGAAUGGCUGUUACCUCAGUGGAAGAUGCAAGUCAAGUCAGCCUGGAACUGCUUCGCAGAGGUUGUGGUUCAGUCAUUGUCACCCUGGGGCCACAGGGCUGUGUGGUGUGUCAGUCAACAAAUGUUGUCCCUAAACCUGUCCCCACCACCCUGGUCACUGCUGUGGAUACCACGGGAGCCGGUGACAGCUUCAUUGGUGCACUGGCUUUCUAUAUGGCCCAUUAUCCCACAAUGCCACUGGAGGAAAUGGCCAGAAGAGCCAACCUUGUCGCAGCUGUAUCUGUGCAAACUGUCGGCACUCAAACAUCCUUUCCAUUUCGGAAGGAUUUGCCAAAUGAACUAUUCUGAAUGCUAUUUGUCAAAGUCCCUUGUCUUAAAACAAACACGAUACCAUUAAUCUGUACAAAGUGGCCACAGAAUUAUUGUUUGUAUAAUACACAAUACCAUGUACUAGAAAGUUCAUGUUGAUGAUUUUCAUUUCACAACAUUAAAACCACCUGCCUAAUAUUUUCUUGGUCCCCUAGUGCCACCAAAACAGUGCCAACCCGCUAUUCUUUUCACCACAAUUGUACAGUGUGGUUACCUGAGUUACCAUAGACUUUGUCACUUCGAACCAGUCUGGCCAUUCUCUGUUGACCUCUGUCAUCAACAAGGCAUUUCUGUCCACAGAACUGCCGCUCACUGUAUGUUUUUUGUUUUUGGCACCAUUCGGAGUAAAUUCUAGAGACUGUUGUGCGUGAAAAUCCCAGGAGAUCAGCAGUUACAGAAAUACUCAAACCAGCUCAUCUGGCACCAACAAUCAUCCAUGCAAUUAUCUAAUCAGCAGUGCAUAAAAUCACGUAUAUAUGGGUCAGGAGCUUAAGUAAAUGUUAACAUCAACCAUCAGAGUGGGGAAAAAAUGUAUCUCAGUGAUUUGGACCUUGGCAUGGCUGUUGGUGCAAGCUGAAUUAAGUAUUUCUGUAACUGCUGAUCUCCAGGGAUUUUCACACGCAACAGUCUCUAGAAUUUAUUCG